CCCCGCCCCUCCUGCGCCCCUUCCUCCCCCUCCCUCCCCAGCCUCGCUCCAGCCGCCUCGUCCUCAGCCUCUCCUCCCGAUGAGGUGAUGGCAGCGGCCAACUUUGGCAAGAUCCAGAUCGGGAUUUACGUGGAGAUCAAGCGCAGCGAUGGUCGAAUACAUCAAGCUAUGGUAACAUCUUUAAAUGAAGAUAAUGAAAGUGUAACUGUUGAAUGGAUAGAAAAUGGAGAUACAAAAGGCAAAGAGAUCGACUUGGAGAGCAUCUUUUCACUUAACCCUGACCUUGCACCUGAUGAAGAAAUUGAACCUAGCCCAGAAACACCUCCACCUCCCACCCCUUCAGCCAAAGUAAACAAAAUUGUGAAGAAUCGCCGGACUGUGGCCCCUAUUAAGAACGACCCUCCUGCAAGAGACAAUAGGGUGGUUGGUUCUGCGCGUUCACGGCCUAGUCAAUUUCCUGAACAGUCUUCUGCUACACAACAGAAUGGUAGUGUUUCAGAUAUAUCUCCAGUUCAAGCUGCAAAAAAGGAAUUUGGACCCCCUUCACGUAGAAAAUCGAAUUGUGUGAAGGAAGUAGAGAAGUUGCAAGAAAAACGUGAGAAAAGGAGACUACAACAGCAAGAACUUAGAGAAAAAAGAGCCCAGGAUGUUGAUGCUACAAACCCAAAUUACGAAAUCAUGUGUAUGAUCAGAGACUUUAGAGGAAGCUUGGAUUAUAGACCACUUACAACAGCAGAUCCUAUUGAUGAACACAGAAUAUGUGUUUGUGUAAGGAAACGACCACUCAAUAAAAAAGAGACGGUAAUGAAAGACCUUGAUGUAAUCACAAUCCCGAGUAAAGAUGUUGUGAUGGUACAUGAACCAAAACAAAAAGUGGAUUUAACAAGGUACCUAGAAAACCAAACGUUUCGUUUUGACUAUGCCUUUGAUGACUCAGCUCCUAAUGAAAUGGUUUAUAGAUUUACGGCUAGACCAUUAGUAGAAACCAUAUUUGAAAGGGGAAUGGCCACAUGUUUUGCUUAUGGUCAAACAGGCAGUGGAAAAACUCAUACCAUGGGUGGUGACUUUUCAGGAAAGAACCAAGAUUGUUCUAAAGGGAUAUAUGCGCUAGCAGCUCGAGAUGUCUUUUUAAUGCUAAAGAAACCAAACUAUAAGAAGUUAGAACUUCAAGUAUAUGCAACCUUUUUUGAAAUUUAUAGUGGAAAGGUAUUUGACUUGCUUAAUAGGAAGACAAAAUUGAGAGUGUUAGAGGAUGGUAAACAGCAAGUUCAAGUUGUGGGAUUACAGGAGCGGGAGGUUAAAUGUGUUGAAGAUGUCCUGAAGCUCAUUGAAAUAGGCAACAGUUGCAGAACGUCUGGUCAGACAUCUGCAAAUGCACAUUCAUCUCGGAGCCAUGCAGUCUUUCAAAUUAUCCUCAGAAGGAAAGGAAAAUUACAUGGCAAAUUUUCUCUCAUUGAUUUGGCUGGAAAUGAAAGAGGAGCAGAUACUUCUAGUGCAGAUAGACAAACUCGGCUUGAAGGUGCUGAAAUUAAUAAAAGCCUUUUAGCACUCAAGGAGUGCAUCAGAGCCUUAGGUAGAAAUAAACCUCAUACUCCCUUCAGAGCAAGUAAACUCACUCAGGUGCUAAGAGAUUCAUUCAUAGGAGAAAACUCCCGCACAUGCAUGAUUGCUACCAUCUCUCCAGGGAUGGCAUCUUGUGAAAAUACUCUUAAUACAUUAAGAUACGCAAAUAGAGUAAAGGAGUUUGGAAUUAGUCCAUCAGACAUUCCCUUCUCACAGGGUAGUGGCAGUCGCUCUGAUCUCUCUCCUUCCUAUGAGUAUGACGACUUUUCUCCUUCGAUCACCAGGGUAAAAGAAUUGACUGUAGAUCCAGCUGCUGCUGGUGAUGUCCGUCCAAUUAUGCAUCAUCCUCCCAAUCAAAUUGAUGAUUUAGAGACACAGUGGGGUGUAGGCAGUUCACCUCAAAGAGAUGACCUAAAACUCCUUUGUGAACAAAAUGAAGAAGAGGUCUCUCCACAGUUAUUCACUUUUCAUGAAGCUGUCUCUCAGAUGGUAGAAAUGGAAGAGCAAGUUGUAGAAGAUCACCGGGCAGUCUUCCAGGAAUCUAUUCGAUGGUUAGAAGAUGAAAAAGCCCUCCUAGAAAUGACUGAAGAAGUGGACUAUGAUGUAGAUUCAUAUGCUACACAGCUUGAAGCGAUUCUUGAACAAAAGAUAGACAUUCUUACUGAACUUCGAGAUAAAGUGAAAUCUUUUCGUGCAGCUCUACAAGAAGAAGAACUGGCCAGCAAGCAGAUCAAUCCGAAGAGACCCCGAGCCCUUUAAAAUGGGCACUUGCUGCUAAAGAAUCCCUGGAGCCCUCCAUACUCUAACAUUUAUUGCUUUAGCUACAAGGGCCAUUUGAACAUUUAAAAACUUUUUAAAAGUGUCUGUGGAAAUGUCCUGUUCUUCAUCAGAAUGACAUUUCAAUUUGUGUCAAACACUCCUUUGUCUACAAAAUGCUUUCUAGUCCAGGAGGCACAACCAAACAAGAUUGGGAUUUGUGAAGCAUUUUGUUUAAUGUUUCAUUUACUCAAAUUGUUAAGCUUACAUUUGGAGAUCCUUGCCAAUUUUUUUUUUUUAUAAUGAAAUAAGACUGUGGACUUUAAAGAAAAAAAAGCCACAGCAUUUCAUUUUACCUGUUCAAUUUUCCUACAAAGACUAACUGAGCAGUUUUAAAUUGUGUUUGCGUGCAUGCAUACCUCAUCAGUGAUUGUACAUAUCCUGUCCUCUCCUAGAGACAGCUGUGCUCACCUCUUCCAGCUCUGUGCCUUGAUUAAGGCUAUUGACCCUAAAUUUCCUCUUUAUGAAUGAAGCACAGCCUUAAUAAAUGACAUUCCUUAUUUGUCAGUGUAAAUUACCUUUAUCGUGUGUAUAUUUUUAAUGUGUGUGAGACUUUUUGUGUGUGAUUAGUUCACUUUGGAGGAUGUGCCAUAUCACUGAACGGAACUAAAAUCUGUGACAGUGGACAAAGCCACUGGACCAUUCCAUCUUAAAUGUGUGAAAAGAAUAAUCUGGAAUUAUGACUUUAAAUAACGUAAAGCGUGGUUUCAAUUUUCUUAGCAUUUUAUUUGUAAAGGACAAAUAUAUAAAUUAGUUGAUGUAAAAUAAAAGGUAAUGAAAUACCGAGAAGAGUUGUAUCUUAGGGUAAUACAGAUAAGCAAUGUAUGUGCCAGUGUGAUAUUAAUGAGAAUAAUAGUGCAAUUCUGAUCCUUAUAAAUGGGGUGCCAUUACUUAAAUGGUACAACUAACAAUCUAGACAAGUACCCUUUUCAAUAAUAUACUGUUAAAAGAAAGUGGCUUCUGAUGCAUGUGUGUUAACUGUGGUCUACAGGUAGUUUUGUGGAGUUGUAUGGUUGCUUUAAGGCAAAGUGGCCAAUGCAUAUUUUCCUUGUACAGUGAAAUCAGCUAAAAAGUGAGGCAGCUGUGCUGUGAAGAACACAUGCAUAUUUAGCGCCUUCAAACACUCAUUUUGUGAUCAAUGUCACCAAGAAAUUUCAUUCUCACCGAAAGUAUGGUGAGGGUAUCCUGCACUUUUUAGAUGGCAGCACCUAUUUUAUUUUAUUUUAUUUUUUUUGCAGAUUAAUUUUCAAAGGAGGAAUGUUUGCCAUUUCAUGUAAAUAUUUUGUUAGGUGAAGAAAUAUAGCUCUCUAGGAGUUCUCUCUCUCUUCCCUAGACAGUUCAAAAAGUAGAUUAACAAACUCCUUAGGAAGUCCUGUUUUAGUUUACUUCGGGAAACUGCUAGCUCAUUUAAUGCUGAGCAGCAAAAGAGAAAGCAAUGAGUAGAGAGCUAAAUGAGCCAGAUUUGCCAUUUCAGUAUUUGCAACCCCUAUAGGAAGGAAGGCUGUGGGAAGCCCUUAUUGUGCAUCAUGGUGGAAAAAAUCCUAGACUGUAAACAUAAAAGCUGAAAUACAAAUGUAGAUUUUCAUAAUGUGUUUAAUAAAUUAAGCUAUGGAAUAAC